CACUGGCUGCGCUUCAUCGAGUGUUUGGUUGGUGUGUGCUUAUUGAGCUGCUGUGUUAACAUUCUUUCCUUUACUUUGGUUCCUUUAGUCCAGCUGGUCUGACACAACCGGACACAACGCAAACCUGAAGAUGGCUGCUUUAAGAAACAGGGUAUUUGUUAUCGGAGUGGGAAUGACGAAGUUUGAAAAACCUGGUGCAAGAGACAUUGAUUAUCCAGACAUGGCCAAAGAAGCAGGGCAGAGAGCGCUGGCUGAUGCUGGAAUCAAGUACAGUGCCGUCCAGCAAGCAUGUGUGGGCUACGUGUAUGGUGACUCGACGUGUGGCCAAAGGGCUAUUUAUCAUAGUCUGGGUCUGUCAGGAAUUCCCAUAAUUAACGUCAACAAUAACUGCUCUACCGGCUCCACUGCGCUGUUUAUGGGCCGUCAGCUCAUUCAGGGAGGUUUGGCCGACUGUGUCCUUGCCUUGGGCUUUGAGAAGAUGGAAAGAGGUUCAUUGUCCUCAAAGUACAUGGACAGAACCAACCCUAUGGACAAGCACAUGGAGGUAAUGAUUAACCGUUAUGGGUUGGCGGCAGCACCGGCUGCACCUCAGAUGUUUGGCAACGCUGGCAGAGAACACAUGGAGAAGUAUGGUACAAAACCAGAGCAUUUUGCCAAAGUUGCUUGGAAGAACCACAAACAUUCCACCAAUAACCCAUACUCUCAGUUCCGGGAUGAAUAUAGUCUGGAGCAGGUCAUUGACUCCAGGAAGGUUUUUGAGUUCCUCACACUCUUGCAGUGCUGCCCAACGUCAGAUGGAGCAGGCGCUGCAGUGCUGGCCAGUGAGUCAUUUGUAAGGAGGAAUGGACUAGAAAAAAAGGCGGUAGAGAUCGUAGCUCAAGAAAUGGUCACAGACCUCUCCACUACCUUUGAAGAAAACAGCUGUAUGAAAAUGGUUGGUUAUGACAUGACCCGUGUCGCAGCUGAGAGAUGUUAUGACACCGCAGGCGUGAAGCCAUCAGAUGUGGACGUGAUCGAGCUGCAUGACUGCUUCUCUGCCAAUGAGCUGAUCACCUAUGAAGCGCUGGGGCUCUGUCCUGAGGGUAAAGCUGGCGAGCUGAUUGAUCGGGGUGAUAACACAUAUGGUGGCAAAUGGGUGAUAAACCCCAGUGGAGGACUCAUCUCUAAAGGACACCCACUCGGAGCUACAGGUCUGGCUCAGUGUGCGGAGCUGUGUUGGCAGCUGAGGGCCGAGGCGGGGCCCCGACAGGUUCCCGGGGCAAAGCUCGCCCUGCAGCACAACAUUGGCCUCGGUGGAGCCGUGGUGGUUACUCUCUACAGGAUGGGAUUCCCUCAGGAAACAAGCUCUAGGAUAGCAGCGGUAUCCACCAGCGCCUCCAGUGACCGCUCAGGGUUCAAAGCUCACACCGUCUUCAAGGAGAUCGAGAAGAAGCUGCAGGAGGAGGGGGAAGCAUAUGUAAAGAAAAUUGGCGGUGUUUUCGCAUUCAAAGUGAAUGGUCCAGGUGGAAGUGAUGCAUUAUGGGUGGUGGAUGUGAAGAAUGGCAAGGGCUCUGUAUCCAGUGACGCAGGUAAAAAGGCAGACUGUACCAUUGCUAUGGCUGACGCAGAUCUGCUGGAUAUGAUGACAGGGCAGCUCAAUCCACAAACGGUACGUUCUGACAAUCUGUUUUUUACUGAUCUUUUACUAAACACCGAAACCUGAAUACUAUAUUUACUA